CUGAGCUCUUGGCUGCAGCCUAUCAGACAGGUGGGCUGUACCAUUUCUUCCCAUGGGAGGUAUAAUAACCUCAAACAUGUCUAUAAAGCAGCUUUCUUUGACCGGUCUCAAGCAAAAAUAAUCGAUCUAGAUAAUAUUAAUUUUUAAUCUUCUUCUUAAAAUGUAUAUGAGCCGAUUUAAUACAUAGAAUAACAGAUGAUAAUUAUCUCCUGCAUAUGUGGCAGCACCCCCAUGUGAUCUAAUUGAUGGUUUGGCCCAACAUGGCUGCAGCGAAACAGAAAUGAGAAUCGACGAUUUUGCAGAGUAUUUUCGAAAAUGACCUCGUCUCUAGAGUGAAAGUGGAGCCUCCAGCUCUCUGGAGAUCCAGGUGAGACACCAUUCGAGGGAGACUUUCAGGACCGAAGCGCUGAAAAGGUGCCCUACAUGAGUGGGGUUGCAUUGAUGGAUUGUGAGGCCCAAGUUUUACGAAAACUGGAGGAUUGCGGCGAGGUGGAGGGGGGGAAGGACAACAACCCAGGAUCCACCUAAUGACGAGGGAAAUCACCAAAUAGCUGGUUUCCAGUGAAUCCAGCCAUUCAAAUGAAGAGCCUUCAGUUCCGCAACAUCGCCCCCAAGGCCCCAGUCAUUGUGCCUUCCCCAUCCUCUGCACUUCUCGCCUGCCAACCUCCCCCUGCUCCCCUUGAAGCUAAUAGCGGCUCCAGCCCUAAAUCCAUCGUCGUGCCGACCCAAAACUAUGCGCUGAUGCAAAUAGCUGGCCAGGAUGGCACAUUCUCUCUGGUGGCACUGCCCCCUCCUGUCUCCUCUCAGACAACACAGCAACAACCAUCUCAACAAACCCAAUCCAUUCAAAAGAAUCUCAAGCUGCCCAUACCCAGAUACAAGCCUGCGCGGAGAGCCGGGCCCACGGAGAAGGUUAGAUCAACACCGAUAGCUCGAAGGGUGAAAACCGCCUCGGGGGUCGGUGCGACAAAAAAGCCGCUGAGUGCCACGUCUUUGUCGAGUAAGGAAAAGAAAGAGGAGUGUGCUGUCACUCAAAGUCAAACGCAAAAGGAGGAACCGUCGGAGCAGGUUAUUUUUAUCGACCCGGCUCGUUCGGAAAUCUCUGUCCCUACUCUUUUACCAGACAACGCUGUCUUGUACCCAGGGUCCCAGUUAGAACAAGCCCCGCAUAAAGCUGAACAAUCUGCCAUGACGGGCGUAAUUCAAAAUCUAUGCCCCCCUUCUACUCUCCCGGCGGCUCUCAAAACGUCGCCGGGCAAAUCCCUGGAGCAAAGUGGCACGAUGAUGGGGAUGUGCCAAGCUAAGCCUGCCUCAGCUCAGCCCGCGAACAGCAUCACCGUUAUCUCUCCAGCCAUCUUCGGUAAAGCGGUGCAGAUUAUCCCUUCCCCUCCUCAGGGUAAAUUGCCCAUCCUGCCCUACUCUAAAAUGAAGACCGCACUCAUUCCAGCUGCCAAGCUCAACGUGUCCCAAGAUAACAAGGAUUGCUUAAACCAGUCAGGUCCCAUGAGCCCCAAAGAUCCCACCUCCUCAAUGCGCGAAACAUCUCAAGCUUGGGUUGGCAGCCAAGUGCCAAACUCAUCUCAUCAGCCUCAGAGUAAGAACCCAGUCAUCCCUCUGUUGGGUAACCUUCAGAAGCUGCCGGGAAAGAAAAGAGGCAGAAAGAGAAAGACAAUGGAAGACAUCUUAGCAUAUGAGGCCCGAAAGAAGAGGUCCUUGUCUUUUUUUCGUAGACGGGUCCCUGAAAAACCAUCAAUGGUAGGUUCAGGUUCCAAGGAAAAAGAAGUUGACAUUUCAAAGAAGUACCGUAGCAUUCAGCCCAAGCCCCUGUUGGUGAUGGAGGCUCUUCCGCAGCUACUUAGCUUGCCUGCCAGCUCUUCGGAUGGUCAAGAACCGGAGCUUGUCCCGAGUCAUCAGCCCCCCACACCCACCAAGGAGCGAGAUCGUCCUCCGCAACAUCCCCCGGUCUCUCUCCAUCUGAGCACUGCAUCUCAUCCCAGAAUUUUGGUCGCCGGCCGCUUAAUCCAUCGUUGCCCCACCUGCAGCCGCUGCUUCCAGUUCAAGCAUCACCUCCAGAGCCACAUGAACAGUCACACCAACAGUCGACCGUACGUCUGCCUGAUGUGCCGCAAAGCGUACGCACAUUCGGGCAGCCUGAGCACCCAUAUGAAGCUUCACCAUUCUGAGGCUCGAUCUCAUGGGUCACUGAGCUGUGAGUUCUGCAGAAAGGCCUUUGGGUAUGUGGGCGUGUACUUCAGCCAUCUGCGAGAGGUGCACAAGGUCUUGCUUACCGUGGAGGGCUCCAUUAAACGUCACGAGAACGACGUGGCCGUGAAGGGGGACAACUCUGAAGCAUUAGAUGAACAGGAUCCUGAAGAAUGUGUGGAGCUGCAGAUUAAAUGCGGGCGCUGCCAAGUGGUCACUUCCAGCUUCGCCGACAUGAAGAUGCACCUCGUCUAUGUUCAUGGGGAAGAGGUCAUGAUCCAACUUCAGGCGGGGCAACCCUCGCCGGGCGAUGAAAACACUGAGGAAAAACUGGUCAAACGUGCCGCACACUACUGGCGGCAGCUCAACAAGAAGCGCAACCUUGUCAAGUGCGGCAACUGCGAUGAGGAAUUCUUCUCUUUUGCUCAACUCAAGAGGCACAUUUUGUUCCACCACCGCGGAAGCGAAGGGGACUGCAGAAAGACCGCACCGACGUCGGAUGCCAUCGGAUGCCUUGGGAUACUCGCAGCGGGUUCGGCCUUUAACUGUGUUCUCUGCAGCCAAGUGUUGAAAACUAAAGAAGAGGUCCUGGAGCACUGGAGGGCUCACCACCACUGUGAGCAACCCAGCUUACUGUGGGCUGCCCUGAGCUCCUACUCGGGCCUGCAAGACGAUGAGGCCGACGGGGGUCUGGACACUCCUGUUCCAAGUCCACAUUAGCCUGCCCAACAUGGAGCCCGUUUACUGGAACUUGUCAUCAUCGUAUUCAUCCACUCGCAGCCAAGCAGGGAUUUAGAGUUUCUCUCAUGUUUCACCACUUUGCGCGUCCUUCAAGAGUCCACAUUUAUAAACGACGCUCAGUUUAUGUUGCACUGUUUUUUCAAAGUUAUUUAAUGUUUAUUUAAAAACAGUAAAACUGUUCAAAUAUCACAAGUAAAUAUCUCUGAUAUAUAAAUAUUUGUAAAGCUAGCUAUGAAUGUAGUUUUGGUCCGACUCGUCUGGGACGUCUGCAUCCAUCAACGCCAUUGCAUUCACGGUCUUGAAAAUGGUUCUUGUUCUCCGGAGUUACACAACGGCACCUUAUUCCACAAUGGUUUGCAGGUUAUUCUGUUGAUAUGGUCAGGAAACCGGGAGUGUUUUUUUCAGUGCGUUAACAAUAUUGCAAAACCAACCCCAAAUUAUUUGCAUGGUGUUUCACCCUCAAUGGAAGGUGUUCAUUUUCUAUUGUUCUUGUCUUUUGUGUAAACCAAGGGGUGUGAGUAGUAAGUAGCGAAUAGACUAUCAACACUGGAAGACCAUUUAAAUCUGUUGGUCCAAGAGUUAUACAGGUAAAUCGGAAUCUAUAUAACUAUAUUGGUACUGCGAUAAAAAAUCAUAGCAUUAACGGCAGUGCUUUGGGUGGCACAAUCUGUUCGGAGUAUUUGGGCAACACUGGAUGAAGAGUCGUAAAUUCCCAUACCGCAUCAGAACAAUGUGCAUCCUUAUCAGAAACUCGAGGCACAUUCAACUGAUGACCGCGCCAAUGUGCCAAAACAUUGACUUUUUAUUUUCACGUGUCACGUGGUUUUUUUUCCCUCUCACAGUAUUACAACUCUACUCUCAUAUGAAUGAGUUCCUCUCAUUUAGUACAAUUGUAACUUAAUUCCCUCCAUGUUGAGACUUUAUCCUUCUCAUAUCUCAUUUCUAAUUGUAAUUCAAACCACAGUAUUUCCUUUUUUUUUUCUUCCCUUCCUAUUGAGUCUUGUUCCAAUACUCCUUCAGAAGGCCCACUGCCAAAUUGAACCCAACCACACACCUGACCAGCACUCAUGUGACUGCCUUGUGGCCUUUCAAAAGAAUCAAUCCAAGUACUCCAUGUGUUUUGUGGCUUCACAUUUGGUGGCCAAGAACUCCUUUGCUCGUUGAUUGCCUACGCAUGUAUUCCAGGGCUGUGAAAUUUCCGCAGAUUCUUUUGUGAAAAAAUGUGAUUUUCAUAAAACCUUGAUUUUUACAUGAAAAAUCAUUGGGGGAAGGGGCAGCCCUGGUAUUCUGCGACAUGCCACGGUUCUAUUCAUGCAAGUGAUUGUCCACCCGUGUUUAACCACUGACAUGAUACUGUCGUAGCUAGUUGAUGUUGUUGCCAGCUCACGGAUGCACCUGAGCAAAUCUAUUGACUCUCUGUAGAGUUCACGUACUGUUGCCCAGAAAAAUAUGCUAUUUUAUACCAAAUUAUUGCAGAAAUCUUUUAGGAUGCGUUUGUUCAAUGCGGUGUCACUCAAAAAGUUGAGUCUGGUUCAAAUAUAGUUUCUUGGUUGGGAGGUACUGUAGUUAAAAUUGGGUGAGGGGGGGGGGGGGGGGGAUAAUGACCGGGUCAAAUGAAUGUACCUGUUUUAAAAAUCAUAUAUUGAUAUAUAGAUAGAUAGCUAGGUUGUGAAAAUUAUAUAAAUGCCGUAUACAUAAAUAUAUUUAAAUUAUCAGCUGCUCUCUUUGGUCAAAACAGAACACAAAGUUGUCCUCAGUUUGGCACUAAACUUGGAAGUGGCUAGACAGCAGUGCUCAUUGAAUGCCGUGUGCGUGUGUAUGAGUCUUUUUUUUUCUCCUUCCCUUCAAGCCUCAACACCAAUAAGGAAGGAAUAGGUUGAGUCGAGCCUUACAUUUGCUCAUUGCAUUUAAAACAAGCCUUGGUGGGUAUCCCUCUUCAAUAUCAUCAGUAACAUCCAAAAGUUUAAAAAAAAAAAAGGCUUUGUGGUCGUGCUCGUUUGUAUGUGUUGAGAACCAGUUUUAAAAAUAAAAACAUGCUUUGCUGAGA